GAGGGCUCUUUACGGCCGACGAUCUGCUCGAGGGUUCUUCAUCCCGGAGGAGAUUGUUGGAGCUGGAGGUUUGGUACUUGGUACUGCCAUGGCGGAGGCGAACGAUGCGGCGGGGCGGCUGGCGGCGUGCGAGUAUUGCGGCGAGGCGGUGGCCGUGCUUUUCUGCAUCGCGGACUCAGCGAGGCUCUGCGUGGCGUGCGAUCGCUUGGUGCACGUCGCGAACGCCCUGUCGCAGAAGCACUUGCGCUCUCCGAUCUGCGAUAACUGCGGGGCGAUGCCCGCCGGCGCGUGGUACACCGCUGACGGAAUCGCCCUCUGCGCGGACUGCGAUUGGGAGUCCCGCGAAGGAGGAGGGGAUGGAGGGGGCGUAGCGAACCAUCGUCACCCGGUGGUCCAGAUCGAGGGGUUUUCCGGAUGCCCCUCCGCCCUCGAGCUCGCCGCCUUGUGGGGGUUCGAUCUCGCCGCCAAGCAUCCGGUUUAUUCCCCUCCCCGACCUCUAAACCAGAAUCCAGAUCAGUUUCUCUUCGAUUGGCCGUCUUUGGAUCCAGUUCCAGCAGCCGAUCUGGAGUUCAAGGACCUCUACGUGCCGCGUGCCCCCAAAUUCCAGGGCGUUGGGGUUAAGCGGCAGAGGAACUCCCACAAUAUGCAUCAGCUGUGGCAGCAGCUGAUGGAGAUUGCGAGGACCGACCUGGCUGCGGUGGCGGUGGGUGGUCUCAGCCCGAGCACGCCGUGUCGGACUGCUGCAAGCAGCUUCGAGGAUCACCGCGAGUCGCAACCAAUGCCAUUCACCUCCCUGCUCAUGCUUGCACCGUCAGAGCUUAAGGGGAAAGAUCUGCUGUGGGACAGCGGACCACCGGACCAUCCCGUUCAGAUAUGGGAUUUUAACCUCGGAAGGUCAAGAGACCGGAAGGAAUCUAGUGCACUUGAAUUGGCAUACGGAACCAACAACGAGGGUUUCAUGAUCAAGAGUUUCGAUGAUCUUCUCGAGGAAAAUGCAUUCACUACUAUGAAAAUCUUGGAUGACAUAGGCGACCCAAGUUGUCCUUCCUCAAAAGAUGACUUCUUAUCAUCUAAUGCCCACCACAUACAGUCUCAUAGCAACAUAGCAGCAAAAUGGAAUCAGAAUUCCAUCUACCCGGCAGCUAAAGGACCAGAAUCUGCAGUAAACAUGUCGGCUUUAAUGCUCACUUCAUCGCAAGAUCAUGGCGGCGCCAAACAAGCUUCCUUUGGAGAACUGCCAUUUAGAAUCAACAUGAUCAAAGAGACAGACAAGCUGGACAGCGAGCUAUUGACCCAAAACAGAGGCAACGCGAUGAUACGCUACAGGGAGAAGAAGAAAACUCGCAGAUAUGAUAAACAUAUUCGAUACGAGUCUAGAAAGGCAAGAGCCGACACAAGGAAGAGAGUGAAGGGUCGAUUUGUGAAGUCCACAGGGGAGCAAUAGACGUUCCAAACAGAUUCAAAUGGAGAUCAAAUCAAAAAAAAUUUCAGGUAAAUCAGGCUUUCACAUCGAAGGUCAAUUUAGUGUGUCUGCUUAGGAGAACAACAACACAAGGCGAGUGCCAUGAGGUAACUCAGUUGGGGGAGAUUCAUAAAAUUCCCAUUAUUUAUGUACAUCUUUGAGAUAUUUCUGCUGCAUCUCUCAUUGAAGUAGUUGCACGGCCUCAAAAGUGGAAUCGGACUGGUUCAUUAAUUUAAAUGUUUAAGAUCGAGCAUUUUUCGCA